ACUGCCAAAGUUAGGGUUUCUGAAAAUUCUCUCGAAAAUUAAUGUGAUCAAACCCUCACUUUCACUCUAAUGCCUGCUGUUUGUACCACUGUGUGUUCCUUUCUAAUGCCAUAUAAUCCUACUUCAAUACAUCCCCAAUAGGCACUCUCCCUCUGUUUCUCUACACUUGUUCAUUUCACAGUGAAUUAGAUUUUUACAUUCGGUUCAGCUUUACAUGUGCCAUUCACAUAUAUGGUAUUAGUUCGAUUCCAUAAUCUCCAAUUAUUUUGUUGUAAUUUUCAUCUCAGUUCUAUUUGCUUUGGUGACACAGUAGGGGAAUUUUGGACAUGCAUCAUGGAAAAUGGAUUGUGUUUCUUUUUGUAUUUUCGUUUGGUGUUGGAAUAUAAACGCUUGGUUCUGUUCGCUGGAACAAUUUAAGUUGAUGAAAUCAAAUUGAUUUUUUUUUCAAACUUGCCUUAUUUUUCUAAGUAAGCUUCUGGUUGCUAAUUUAUAAUUGUAUUGCUUCAUAACUAAAGUAGUUAAUACUAUUUUCAAACUGCACCAGUGGGAGUAUAAAACAUGUUUAUUUUUAAUUAAUCGGUUCUCUAUAUGGUAAUAAAUUUAAAGACAGUCUUCAUAUGGAUAUUGAAGUAACUGAAGUUGAAGGUGAAAUGGGUCCUCGUGGAGUGCCAGAUGAUGGCGAUGGUGAACCCGAUGAAGUUGGUGAAGCAAAUACUUCAGAGAAUUCCUCUGCUUGUGGUGAUGAUGAUGGAAUUAUGGAGCCAUAUGUGGGGAUGGAAUUUGAUACUGAAGAUGCUGCCAAGACAUUUUAUGAUCAGUAUGCUAGACGUUUGGGCUUUAGUUCUAAUGUCAGUCAACAUAGCCAUUCUAUAGGUAAUGGGUCAAAUGUCGCCCGGGAGUUUGUAUGUGGCAGAGAGGGUUUGAAAAGAGGGCAUGCUGAUAGUUGUGAAGCAAUGCUUAGGAUAGACUUAAAGGGUGAAGAUAAAUGGGUGGUUACAAAAUUUAUAAAGGAUCAUACCCAUUCUAUGGUGAGCCCUGGUAAAGUACAUUACCUUCGGCCACGCAGACAUUUUGCUGGUGCUGGAAAAACCAUGCCUGAAGUUUAUCAAGGAGUUGGAAUUGUUCCUAGUGGUGUAAUGUAUGUGUCCAUGGAUGCAAACCGAGCUGUAGAAACAAAUAAUUGUGGAUCUAGGGCUGCUCCUGCCAUUGAGUCAAAUUGCUCCAUCAAAAAUAUUGGGGCAAUGAAUUAUGUUGUCCGGCCUGCUAAUAGAAAAAGGACAUUAGGGAGAGAUGCUCAAAACCUACUUGACUAUUUCAAGAAAAUGCAAGCUGAAAACCCUGGUUUCUUUUAUGCAAUACAACUUGAUGAUGAUAAUCGCAUGGCUAAUGUAUUUUGGGCUGAUUCAAGGUCAAGAGCAGCUUACAGCCAUUUUGGUGAUGCAGUUACACUGGAGACAUUGUACAGAGUAUAUCAAUAUAAAGUACCUUUUGCUCCAUUUACAGGAGUAAAUCAUCACGGUCAGCCUAUCUUGUUUGGAUGUGCUUUACUACUAGAUGAUUCUGAAGCUUCUUUUGUUUGGCUUUUUAAGACGUUUCUUGCAGCGAUGAAUGAUCAGCAACCUGUCUCUAUAACUACUGAUCAAGACAAAGCCAUACAGACGGCAGUUUUUCAGGUAUUUCCAGAAGCACGCCACUGUAUCAGUAAGUGGCAUAUCUUGAGAGAAGGCCGGGAAAAGCUGGCUCAUGUAUGUCAUGUUCAUCCAAGUCUUGAGGUAGAGCUUUACAAUUGCAUCAAUAUGACUGAAACUAUAGAGGAGUUUGAAUUGUCUUGGAAUUCAAUCCUUGAUAAAUAUGAUCUCAGGAGACAUGAUUGGCUUAAUUCAAUAUAUAAUGCUCGUGCACUAUGGGUACCUGUGUAUUUUCGGGAUUCCUUUUUGGCUGCUGUAUCAAUGAAUCCAGGAUAUGAAGUUUCCUUCUUUGAUGGUUAUGUGAAUCAACAGAUGACAAUUCCAAUGUUCUUUAGGCACUAUGAAAGAGCUUUAGAAAACUCAUUUGAGAGAGAGAUAGAAGCAGAUUUUGAUACAAUUUGCACAACACCAGUCUUGAGGACACCAUCACCUAUGGAGAUACAGGCUGCAAAUUUUUAUACAAGGGAAAUAUUUGCUAAAUUUCAGGAAGAACUGGUGGAAACUUUUGUAUAUACUGCAAAUAGAAUUGAAGGUGAUGCAACUAUCAGCACAUUCAGGGUUGCAAAAUUUGAAGAUGACAACAAGGCAUACAUUGUUACAUUUAAUCAUCCUGAAAUGAGAGCUAACUGUAGCUGGCAAAUGUUUGAGUAUUCCGGUAUUCUUUGUAGACAUGUUUUGACAGUUUUCACUGUCACAAAUGUACUUACAUUACCAUCUCAUUAUAUCUUGAGACGGUGGACAAGAAAUGCAAAGACUGGGGCUGGAAUAGAUGGACUUAGUGGUGAACUACAUGGCCAGGAGUCACUGACAAUGCGGUACAACAAUUUGUGUCGGGAGGCCAUCAAAUAUGCAGAGGAUGGGGCAAUUGCUUUAGAGACCUAUAAUGUUGCAAUGGCUACUCUUAGAGAAGGUGGGAAGAAGAUUGCUGUUGUGAAGAAGAGUGUUGCCAAAGUUUCACCACCCAGUUCACAUGUCAGUGGCACUGGUUAUGAGGACAGGGGGACUGCUACAUCAGCUUCAGACACUACUCCUUUGUUAUGGCCUCGGCAAGAUGAAAUGACAAAACGGUUUAAUCUGAAUGAUACUAGUCCUCAAAUUCAACCUGCUUCUGAUUUGAAUUUGCCACGUUUGGCACCUGUGUCCCUUCACCGUGAUGAUGCUCCUUCUGAUAACAUGGUGGUUCUUCCUUGUCUAAAGUCAAUGACUUGGGUGAUGGAGAAUAAGAAUUCAUCACCAGGGAAUAGUUUUGCAGUGAUCAACCUGAAGUUGCAAGAUUACAGCAAGACUCCAUCUGCAGAAUUGGAGGUUAAGUUUCAGCUCUCUCAGGUUACACUCAAACCCAUGUUGAGAUCUAUGGCCUAUAUUAGUGAGCAGCUUUCAACCCCAGCUAAUAGAGUUGCUGUCAUCAAUUUGAAGCUUCAAGACACUGAGACAACUUCUGGAGAGUCGGAGGUUAAAUUUCAAGUUUCAAGAGAUACUUUAGGUGCUAUGUUGAGAUCAAUGGCUUACAUCCGGGAGCAGCUUUCCAAUGCUGCUGAACCCCAUUCAGAGCCUCUGCAAAAGAAGCAGCGAAAGUAAACACAUUAGUUUGUAAUUCAGGUGUGUUCACUUGACUUGUUUCUGUGUAUUAAAUGCUUGUUCACCAAAUUUUUGGUCACCACUCUCAAUUAGCUGGAAUCCUUUGUUUAGCUCUGACAUAAAUUAGCCUUCUUUUUUUCCAAAUUUAUAUAUAUUCCUUUUUCUUUCAUUUAUUUGCCUUGACUUUGUGUAAGUUUGCUGUAUACCAUAUAUGUACAUGUACUAUAUCCAGAUUCAGAAAUUGAAGGCAUCAAAGAGCUUUGUUUGAAGGUUUAA